UAUUAGUCAUCUGGAGCAUGUGACGAUGUCACUAGGCGGCUGGCUGCAUCACACCGUUUCGUUUGUAAAUUUUACCAGCGCUGUCAGUAAGAAUGGUAGCGAUGGCACUCAGUGCCAGAGAAAUGUGGACUUUAAGAAUGACACGUCGGGCAAAGUCAACAACGUCGAUGGCGGAAUACCGGCUUCUCUUGAACUCAAUAUUGUAGUCUGGACGGCACUGAUACUGCUGUUUUGCUGCAUCAAUGGUUGGCUUCGAAGACAAAGCAAGCAAGGAUUGCUGGCAUCGAAUCGAAGGUCUAGUCCUGACAUCACUGCAAAGACUUCUUCAACUAAUCGUGAUGUUGAAGAAUCUGUAGAAUUUCCUGAAGAGCAGGAUGGUGAUACUACUGUUGGAGAGGGAUUCUAUGCGUGGCUACCAGCUCUCUUUAAAUUACGAGAUGAGGAAAUUCGAUCGCGUUGUGGGGAAGAUGCUAUACACUACUUGUCAAUGGAACGACAUCUGCUCUUUAUUUUAUGCAUUUUCACUGUCGUGUCAAUCGGGAUACUUCUUCCUGUAAACUAUACGGCUUCCACACACCUCAAGAGUAGUGGAUUUGCACGAACAACUGUUGCUAAUUUACCAGCCAAUUCUGGUCUGUAUUGGCUUCAUGCGAUUGUGGCACUUGCCUACUUGGCUGUUAUAUUUGUUGUCAUGUGGAGGUUUUCGAAGCGACUCAGACGAUUUAGUGUGACUGGACAUAUAUCUAAGCACACUCUUCUUGUUGGCAAUAUAUCAAAAGGCUGCACUGCAGAUGACAUCCGGCAGCACAUUCAAGAAGCUUACGAAGACUGCGAGGUCGUGGACAUUCAGGUAGUUUACGAUGUCAGCAAACUGACUAAAUUGGACGAGAAAAGAAUUGACGCGUUAGAGAAUCAGGAGCGGUACGAAGCUAUUUUAGACGAAUCUGGAAAACGACCAGUAACUGGCUGUUGUACUGAUCAUCGUGAUGCAAUAAGUCAUUACCAAAAGGAGAAGAAACGAUUAUGUGCAGCAUGUGUCGCUGAACGUGAACUAGUACUCGUGGAGAAGGAUCUUCAGUGUGCAUUCGUCACGUUGUCUUCCUUAGUUGUUGCUCAAAGAUUUUACGAUGAUUAUCUGAUAUUGCGAACAAACGUGAGACCAAAUACAUCAGUGAGCGAUGAAGUUGGUGCGUCUUUCUGGACGGUGACUAAGACAUCUGUUCCUGACAAUAUCAGAUGGGAAAAUCUGCACAUUGGGAAAACGGAGUGGUGGAUUCGGUUUACAGUAAUUAAUGGAGCGUUGUUUGUGUUUCUCUUCUUCUUCACCACUCCGGCUAUUAUUAUGUCGUCUUUGCCAAAAUUGAAACGAACAUUGAAACUGGAUCUGCCGAGUUCUGCUGCUGACAAUGAUGUGUUUACUGUGUAUCUUCCCACACUGACUUUGUUUGUCAUUGCUUCUCUUCUGCCUCUGAUUGUGUCAUUUUCGUGUUAUUUGGAAGCUCACUGGUACAGGUCUAGUCAAGAUCGUUUCAUGGUACGGAAGACAUAUGCUUAUCUGGUACUCGUCAUUGUUGUUCUGCCUGGGUUGGGAUUGACAAGCUUAGAUGCUGUUGCCAGUCUUGUUGGUAACGAAGCUCUACCACAGCAACUUGAAUGCAUCUUUUUGCCAUCUGGCGGCGGUUUCUUUAUUAACUAUGUGAUACUUUCGGCUUUCAUUGGUACUGCAGUUGAGUUGUGUCGUAUACCGAUUCUUAUAUGCUUUCUGUGGAAACUAUGUCGGGCCAAAUCGAAGAGAGACAGAACCGCGGCAUAUAAAGCCACGGUUGUUCCGUUCAAAUAUGGAAUCGAAUAUGCUUGGAUUUUGACUUUGUUUGCGCUGUGCAUUACUUUCUCAACAGUCUGCCCACUUAUUGUUCCAUUUGGAGUUGUCUAUUUCUUUAUGAAGUAUUGGGUGGAUAAGUAUAAUCUCUGUUUUGCCACACUGCCCCCCAAAUUUUAUGGGACGACGAGGAUCCAUCAUACUGCAGUGAAUUUUGCAUUUUCUGCUGGCAUCAUGCUGCAGUUUGUCAUUCUCUUUUUCUCUGUUGUAAGAUCAGGUUCAGCUGCUGAUCCUAAUGAGAUCUUUUCCAUCAUUGUCAUUAUACUUAUCUUAGCUGCUUGUAUAGCUAAUGCAUGCUUUGGUGUUUUCAAGAAUUGCACAGCAUCUCAGCGUGGACUCAAAGGUGACAAUACGUACCAAGCUAGUGAAGAUCUACAAGAGGAUGCGUACAAAGCACCCAUCUUGAAGAAGUCAUUUGAAUGUGAUGAGACUUCACCCAGCUCACCACGUUCUCUGAGCCGAAAAUACAACACAUUUGAUGAGACAAAUCAUUCGGUGUCUCCAGGUGAUGAUAAAAGCCUGUAACAGUUCAUGUGCCGCAGAUUAUCAGUAGUGUGCAAUUGUCAUGUGUUUUUGACUGAUUUGCUGGACAAAAGUACAUACUCAACUACAUUGCAACUUAUAGCAGGCUGUGCUUUUUGGUGUUGAUAUGUACGUGUUGAGUUUUAGUCUAGCUAGACGUAGCAGUACUUUUUUGUAUGAAUCAGUAAUCAAGAACAUGCAGAUCUUUCAAA